AUGGCAGCUGAGUCACUGCCUUUCUCCUUCGGGACAGUGUCCAGCUGGGAGCUGGAAGCCUGGUAUGAGGACUUGCAGGAGGUCCUGUCCUCAGAUGAAAAUGGGGGUACCUAUGUCUCACCCCCUGGAAACGAAGAGGAAGAACCAAAAACCUUCACCACUCUCGACCCUGCCUCUCUGGCGUGGCUGGCUGAGGAGCCAGGGCCAGCAGAAGCCACCAGCACCUCCCUGAGCCCUCACUCGCCAGAGUCUAGUCAGAGCUCCCUGGCUCAGGAGGAAGAGGAAGAAGACCGAGGAAGAACCAGGAAACGGAAACAGAGUGGCCAGUGCGCAGCCCGGGCUGGGAAGCAGCGCAUGAAGGAGAAGGAACAAGAGAACGAGCGGAAAGUGGCACAGCUAGCUGAAGAGAACGAGCGGCUCAAGCAGGAAAUUGAGCGCCUGACCAGGGAAGUGGAGGCCACUCGCCGAGCGCUGAUCGACAGGAUGGUGAACCUACACCAAGCAUGAACACCUGGGACAGUCACGCCCCUACAUGGGCCACGACUUACCUUUCCCAGAAGUGGCCAUGAGCACCUGCCCACCUGUGCCAAUGAUGUGACCCUCAACUACACCAAUUCCGUAGGGGGACGGCUUGGGAGAGACAAAGGAAGAGGUCUCGGCUUGUAUAUAGGGAUUGUACAUUUAUUUAUUACUGCCCGUUAUCAUUAAAAGUGACUGUGUGUGAGCCAA